AAUAGUGUUCGAUUAUUUACUACCAAAGUAAACUUCAAAAUGCCUCUACGUUUAGGAGAUUUAGUGCCAAAUUUUAAUGCCGACACAACUCAGGGCAGAAUUAAUUUCUAUACAUGGCAAGGGGACAAGUGGGUGGUAUUAUUUUCUCACCCUGCUGAUUUUACUCCCGUGUGCACGACGGAACUGGGUCGUCUCGCCGUCCAUCAGCCCUUUUUCACUGAAAGAAACGUUAAACUUUUGGCGCAUUCAUGCGACAAGUUGCAAGAUCAUGUCGACUGGGUAAACGACAUUAAAUCUUACUGCCUGGAUAUUCCCGGCGCAUUUCCCUACCCUAUUAUUUCCGACCCGACCAGAGAUUUGGCUGUCAAGUUGGACAUGAUAGAUGAGCACAACAAAAAUAGCGAAACACAUGGUAAAACCGUUAGGGCUCUCUACAUUAUCGAUCCCAGUCAUCGAUUGAGAUUGUCGAUGCAAUAUCCAGCAUCCACUGGAAGAAAUGUCGACGAGCUUCUAAGAGUGCUGGACUCUCUUCAGUUGGUCGAUAGGAUUCCGCAGAUCGCGACGCCUGCCAAUUGGACGCCGGGCGAAAAAGUAAUGAUUUUACCCGAAGUAAGUGACAGGGAAGCAGAAAAUUUGUUUCCAGGCGGAGUCGAUAAGGUCAGCAUGCCAUCCGGUAUUACGUAUGUGAGAACUACGACCAGAUACAACAUAAAAUCGAAGUUGUAAUCAGCUUAUUGGCUGUGCAAGAGAUUCCUAUAAAAAUUGUAUUCACAAAAAACUAAUUAGGACGUUUUUUUAUAUUGCAAUAUAACCGAUUAAUUUUAGA